ACCAUGGUUUCCUUGAUGACUGGUCUGUGGCAACUAAUUAUUCCCAUGAUUGUCCUAUCACACUUCUCAGCAUCUCUUCCAUCCUGGGAGAGGACUGAGAGACAUGCUGAUGGGCUCUUCCACAGUGAGCUGAGCAAGAUGAAUGGCAAUGCCUACGUGCGGCAACUAGUCAAACACUUGGUGGGCCUCAAAGAGAGGUCCCAGAGGCACUCAGAUGGACUGUUUACCAGCGAAUACAGCAAGAUGAGAGGAAAUGCUCAGGUUCAGAAAUUCAUCCAAAAUCUCAUGGGCCGCAAGCGCAGCUCUCCAGGCCCAGUCAACACAGAUGUGCAGGGGAGAGAGGAACAAAACAGCCAUGAGGAACUUUGCUUUAUGUGGCUGUACCAGAGCUUUCUAAACACCAGCCGCUCGGACAGUGAUGCCAGGGAAGCUGCUGCAAUUACCAGCCAGUAUGUUUGCCCCAUCUCUAAGCAGCUGGUUGCAGACAUGAAGGAAGAUACAGACAGUUUAGACUGA